AUGGAUUUUGGUACUAAAAAAGAUCAAGAUAAUAUCAGUCGUUUCGACAUUAAUGCAAAAGAUAAAUAUGGGAAAACACCUCUUCAUUAUGCUGCUUUGGCUGAUUGCAAAGAAGUGAUAGAGGAUCUUAUUUUUCAUGGUGCCAAUAUUAAUUCUAAAAACAAUUUUGGAGAAACUCCUCUUCAUUAUGCGGCUUCUUCUAAUAAUAAAGAAAUUAUAGGGCUUCUUAUUUUACAUGGCGCCAAUAUUUAUGAAAAAGAUAAUAAUGGACUUACUGCUCUUCAUAUAACAGCUGAAUAUAAUUCUAAGGAAGUAACCGAAAUUCUUAUUUUACAUGGAUCUAAUAUUAAUGAAACAGAUAAAAAUGGGCGCACUGCUCUUCAUCAUGCGGCUGGCAAAAAUUCUAGAGAUGUUGUCGAAGUUCUUAUUUUACAUGGCUCGAAUGUUGAUGCAAAAGAUAAUAUUGAAAGAAGCCCUCUUCAUUAUGCAGCUGCAGCGAAAGGUAGAGAAGCAUCUGAAAUUCUUAUUUUAAAUAAUGCGGAUGUAAAUGCAAAAGAUAAAGACAACAUUUCAGUUCUUCAUAUUGCGGCUGCCUUAAAUAGUCAAGAAAUAGCAAGUUUUCUUAUUUUACAUGGUGCUGAUGUGAAAGCAGAAGAUAAAAAUGGAUAUUGCCCUCUUUCAUAUGCAGCUGCAGCAAAAAGUAAAGAAAUAGCAAAUCUUAUUAUUUCGCACGCAUAUGGACCUAACUCGCGUGUUUGGUAUAAAUAA